AGUUAUUCCUGCAGCAAUACUGCAAUAGCAACAUCCCGACGCCAUAUUGAAGGCCCCUUAUUCGAGUGUAGCCGUUCGCAAUGGAGUGUCUAUCGGAAAUCAAACUGAAGACAGAGAAAGACACAGCCGAAAAAACCAACUUGCAAUCGACAGGUUCCGAAGACAACCCCAAGAAAAGCAUCGAUUUCACAAAAGCAGGUAGUUACAAGACCGGGAAACAAAGAAUUAUUGAGGUAAAUUCACCGGAAUUUGCUCCCUUGAAACACUAUCUGAGCACCUUGUAUGGUUUCACUGACAGUGAUCCUCCUGGCUCUAAAAUAUUGUGCAUAAUUGAACCAAACGACGACGAUUACUCUCUCCUCGCCAGAGCUGGACAAAAUAAAAGCGAAGUCGAAUGUUGGCACGUACACCGUCGAUGCUUUGCCUGGUCAUUCGGUGUUGGAACAUUGAUUAUCUUGCUGGGCUUGACAUGUCUCCUCUUGGGUUUCCUGCUGCCUCGUCAUUCGGCACUCGUUACUAACCCGAUGGAAAACGACGAGAAGAUGGGGACAAAUGGCCGCUUCAACAACAGCGAUUCGUCCAUCUCAGCAGUCAACAUGCUCGACCGUAAGGCUAUCGAACACAACAACAUUCUCGAUACCCUAAAGUUAAGCGGAGGGAUGGCUUCUUGUUUUGGUUGCUUGUUGCUUCUUAUGACUUUCAUUUUACCUCCCGAAAGCCAUCCGCCCAAGAUGUCGGACGAAGAGCAGCCACCAACGAACAUCAAUCAGCUCAACGAAGCUCUCAGAAACUGCGGAUUUUGAUCUCUAGUAAAAUUUCCAAAUGUCCCCCCCCCCCCACCUUGUGUCCAUAUUUGUUGAAACACCAUCUCAUUGGCUCAGUUUAUUGAUUUUCUACUCAGUUAUACUCUUUUCUCAUUUGCAUAACGGAAUUUUUGGCAUUUCUUGUAUGCACUGUGGAUCAGGGAAUCACGUCAUUUGAAGAAAUUUUCUAAAUCAUUCGUAGCUUACGGUAGCUCGAUCAGUGUUGGGGGAAAAUCCUUAGCUGGAUACAAAUUACGAUAUUUUUGUUGCUUAGCAUUAUUCGCCACUAAUUUGCGUUGAUUUUACAUUUGAAAUUUGAAAAUAUGUCCUAACAGGGAACUGAUUACCGGUAACAACUCAAACUUCGCUAUAGUGUUAUGAAGUAAAAUUAUAUUAUCAUUCUGUUUUAGAUUUUGGAUGGGUUAUUAUUGCGAACUUACAUUUAUUUUAUUGUUACUAUAAAAUCUCAAUGUCAUAUCAGAAAAAUAAACCCUUUAUCAACGCAA